GCGAUCGGUUCUCUCGGAUCAGCUGUGAGAGCGGCGUGGCGCCGUGUGCCGCGGCUCUGACCCGCUGUCAGUUGCCCGAGCCCUGUGCUACGGUUAGGACCGUGCAAUCGUCACCUUUUAACGAGCACGAGACAAGCUUGCGGGACCAUCAUCGAAACGACUGGGCUCUCACGGCCGCGUCGACUAGUCCUCGUUGCGAAUCGCGUCGUUUCAUCGAUAAAGAUUGACCACGGUCAAUCGAAACACGGUACAACUUGGAGAUCAGGAUCAAACGAACGUCGUUGAUACGUGAACUGCUCGUUGUCCACGGUCGAUUUGUAGAACGUGAGUCGGAUACACGGAUUAGCGAAAGAAACAGGCAAGAGAGAAACAGUGAUCGAUCGCGUUCCGUUUCGAUCGAUCCGUGUCGGAGUACACCAUCUGCUUGAAAUCGUGCCCCAUGAUCGACUGGGAUUUCUAAAGAUCACGAGCCGCUCGUUGAAAGCUUGAAAUUGCGCUUCGAUCAUCCGCGAUCGUUGAUCCUUACGUUUCGAACGUGUCGGCUUGAGGGAGAAAGAGAUAAAGAAAGGGAGAGGAGAUUGCCGGUUCGAACAUCGUGGUGGUUUUUGUGGUGGAAAAGUGAUUCGAGGUUAAUCAAAGAGAAGCUCGACAAAGCCAAGGGCCGCAUGCUUCGCUAACAAGUCUCAGGAUGGUCUGGUAGAGGAGGAGCCUGGUGGUUCGAUCGCGAGAAAUGGCGUGCGGAAUAUCGUUCGAAGCGACUGCCACGAGCACGGUACUUUUCCUGCUGGUACUGCUGCAGGCGGCACUGGUGUGGGACGAAGUACACGGUGCUCCAGCGAAGAGAAACGACAUACUCGCGGGCACGGAAUUUCUGUCAGUUUUCAUAAACGGCGCCAUGGCCACGCCGCCCCAGCGACGUAGAGGUUUCAGACGAGGAGGACACACGUCGUCAACAGGAGAUAGCGCGACAGCGGAAUCGCAUCAGCACGAGGCUUCGAUUUACCGAAUAUCGCGAAAUCCUGGCAAUAAACAAGUCGUCCCGAGAGCACGGAACACCAGUGGCCGAGAAGAGGUCGUUCGAUUUUACCCCAUAAGCCACAAAACGUUAGAAAAUAGGCAACAGAAUCUAGCAUCGUUAAUCGACGAAUUGAGCACCACCAGUGACAUAUCUUCGACGCGGCUGGCUCCUCAAAGUUCAAUAAGUACGACGACGGUCACGUCGACGACAGCUCAAGAGAAAUCACCAUCGAGGACAAACGCAACGAGCAAUUCGACGAACAAAGCAGUCAGCCGACAGAAAGUUAUAGGUGUCAGUGUGACGUCCACCGUCGAAGCUACACCGUACAAGGUCAGGGUGGAACAUUACGACAAUACAGAUGCGACAGUCGUGUCUCGACCGCCAAGCUCCAUCGGAAUUUCGUCUAAAGAUGUUACGAAAGAGUUGAAGAAUGGCACGACAAGGCCUCCUACGACGAGGACUAUGAGCUCCACGACUGCGAGAACAUUGACCACGACUACUACAACGACGACGACAACCACUUCUAAAUCGCCGAGAAUGACGACACCGUCGCCUUCCAGCUUCGUCACUGAGGAACUUAGUAACAUCGUAUCAGAAUCGAACAGGAGCGAAUUCUCCGUUGACGAAGGCUCGCUGAGCACCAGCUGGCGAGUUCAAAGUUCGGUUACGCCUAGAUCGAUGAACAAGCACACUCCUUCUUUCGUUGAACAUCAGAAGGAGAUAAAUAAUAAUAAUAACAAUACGAACAGUCCUUCAGGGGACAUGAUCACCCUGCCAACAGAGGAGAACUACGAGUUGCCGGAAGAGAACGCCGAAUCAAAGGAAUUCAGCGAAGAACCAAUGGAAGUACAAUCAGAGCGCUACCAGGCCCAAGGUCGAAAGGCAGGCAGACACUUCGACGCUUCCCACUACAAUCGUCCAGGCUCCAAGAUGUAUAGCCAGCCAUCGAAGAGCUAUAAGUCACCACGGCCGUACAGCGAGCCAGCUAAAUUGUACAGCGAAUCAGCAAAGGGCUAUAACGAACCUGAGAAAAUUUAUGGAGAACCAGCCAAGGUGUACAGCGAGCCAGCAAAGGUUUAUAGUGAACCAGCGAAAGUAUAUAGUGAACCAGCCAAGGUUUACAGCGAACCUGCAAAAGUCUAUGGUGAACCAGAGAAAGUGUACUCGGAGCCAUCGAAGGUUUACUCGGAACCAGCUAAAGUUUAUUCGGAACCAGCGAAGGUUUAUUCGCAACCUGCCCAAGUUUAUAGCGAACCUAGCAAACUUUACGACUCAGAAGGUCAACCAUUGAGUCGCGAACGUGGCGGAGAACCAGACGAACAGAAUUACGAGGUGGAUGAAUCCGUUAGUGUGAGUAGCAAUGGAAACGUCCAUGGACCACAGAUUAUGCUUACGGAACCUUCGAACGCUUCCGAAGUGGAAGAUGGUCACAAAGUGGGUUACGUGGUCGAAGGUAGGAACUACAGGAAAUACAGGGUCGAAGAGAGAACUCCGGACGGUUUUAUCGUUGGGGAAUACGGAGUGGUGAGCCACGAUGAUGGUUCUUUGAGAGGUGUUCGCUAUACUGCGGAUGGCACCAUCAAUCCUCGACUCAUAUACGAUGCACUAAUGAAAUUCCUCGCUUUAUGAGAUGAAUCAGUGAUGGAAGGAUGGAUAGAAGUGUAACGGAGGCGAGUCGACUCAAUCGUGUCGCUUUGCUAGAAGAAUGGCGAGACGAAGCGAAAUGACUGAUCUUUGAAACUGCUAUUUCCAACUCAACUGCCUCAGAGUAAUUUUAAGCAUCGGGUUUCUUAGAAUCUAAGGAUCUUUCAUGAUUGUCUAUGGCUGGUGAUAUGGGAUUGAUAGGUGGAGUAUUUGGAUUAUUUUUUGGCGUGUUAAGGAUCGAGCAUAGAAAGACGAGUCGAAGGAGCAACGUGUUAAAUUUCGACUAAUUAAGAUCUCGAGUUUCAUAAAUUCUUAUAAACUUUGCAAGAUGCUUCAUCAGAUAAAUAUUUCACUAAAUACAUCAACUAUAAAAAGAGACGUAUUUUGCGUUAUCGGCAAUUAGAUGAUUAUAUAUGAAAAAAAUUAUAUAUGACGCAAAAUGUAUUAAAAAGCACAGGUAGAGGUACCUAAAAUAUUUCUCUUAUUUGAAGUACAUUGAAACUAUAUAUGUUCUCUAGAUAUGUAUACUAUGAUGUUUCUAAGCGUUAUAUCUAAGCAUAUAUGUCUGUUAAACACAUUAUAGAAUAAUAAGACGAUGAUUAAUAACAGGUAUUAAAUAAAAAUUAUGCUUAGAAAAUAAUUGAAGAGUGACUCAAAAAUACAUUAGUAAAAUCGUUCAUCAUUUCUUCGCAGAAAUACACGUGUAAAUUUACUAUAAGUCUUAAUUUUCUAGUUAAAAAUACACCUCUCAAACGAGAACAUAAAUCACAACUAUAAGUACAUAAUACAUUAUUUACAAUUUUCUGAGCAAUUAAUACAUUUUAUUCGAUUAUGAAUCAAGAAAGUAUUUACACUACAGUAGAAUUUUAUUUAUCUAAACCAAUCGGGGAACGAUCAAUUCAUACAAAAUAAGAAUUUAUUGAUCCGCCCACUAUCUUUAAUUUUUGUUCUUAUAAAAAAAAUUCGCUAAUUACAAUUUCAUUUUAAUAAAUAUAGUACCACUGUAUGUUUCAUAAAAAUCUUAUUAAUAAUAAGAAUAAUUUCAAUAAACCUAUCAAUAUCUUGUUUCAAUAAAAAUUAUUUUUAAAAUCAUCAACCGUCCAGUAACUUAUAGAGAGAAUUAUAAUAGAAUCAAAAUAGAAAAAAUUUUUAGAAAUAUUAUGUGUUUUCUAAUAUAAUAUUAUACAUAUAAAUGUAGAGCAUCUGAUGUAAAUGUUACAAAUAAGAGAAAUAUUUCAAUCGAUAAACUAAAGUAUGUGUAUUUAUGAUUCAUUGUACUUGAAAUAUUAUUAUCAAAGACGCAUUGCAGAAGAUCGAGAAUUCAAUGUCAUCGCGAAAAGUACCAUUGUGAUAAAUGCAUGGUACACUAACAUAAGUUCCACGAAUAAGCAAACUACUUGGACUCGUUAGCAUGGAUAGUAAUCUUUAGUUGGUCGUCACUCCGUCGUUUCUAAGGUCUGGAAAAGGUCACAGCGAUCCUCCACUGACUUCGCGAUCGGCUCUUUCGUCAGAGAGCUUGAAAUUAUAAAGAAUACGAAGUUAAAGAUUAUUCAUCGAUGGUUAUGGGAAAAUUGAAGCGUACAAAGCGAAGAUAGAUUCUGAAUGGUUUCCCUUUAUGCAUAAAAUGAUUUGUGUUCGAAGGAUUCUAAUGGCAACUUUAUCAAGAAUUUUUCUUUUAUUACGUGACUUGUAUUUCAAAAUUUAUAGAAAUCCAACUUAAAAUUUUACAAUCUUAUUAACUUACAUCACAUCAAAAUACAUUGAGAGACAAAAAUAUUCGUACAGCUGCAGUGUGGAAAUUAAAAAGCGAUAUUUCGUAUAUUAUUAAAUAUAUUGAAAUAAUUGCACCUAUUUCUGUCCCGGUGCAUAAUAUAUAUUGCAUAUAUUAGUUGCAUAUAUAAUAUAGAAUACAGAAAAUAUUGCUCGUUUUAUCUCUACGUUCCAGCUGUACGAACAUUUUUCUCUCUCACUGUAAUUCUCUAAUCAAUCUAUUAUGGAUAAAAUAUAAACAAAUGCUUGGGUAUUUUCAAAAAAUAGUGUACAAAUGAUAAAACAACGAUCCAAUCGCUGACUCGCCCAAAGCGACGCGACAAUGUCGAUGGAACGAAAACGACUGAUUCUUUCGCUCUUGCCAACGCAACUGCCUCAACGAUUAAUUUUUAAGAAUGGCCUUCCAUGAUCUCGCUGUUAGGCAUCAACAUGCGUGUAUAUCCGUACUGUCAGACGGAGACGAGAAAACGGUCGCUGGACGAUUCGAUCAGAAGCGAAACACAGGGAAUUCGAAGCCCGGCCAGUUUCGUUGCGAAACUUGACAGAUGAAAGUGACUCCUUUCGGUGGCGAAAGUACGAACUUUUGUAUGCUACCCGAUGGCCUUUGACGGUCUCGUCACGCGUCUCGAGUCGUCCGAGAAACAUUUCUUUUCCCUUUGUUCGUCUAGCGAUUAAACACGUUCUCCGCUGCCACGCGAGCAGGAGGUCCUCGAUCAUGGCGCCACGUAGUUGCGUAAAUCUUUUGUGAUCGCGUUAAUCGCAAGCGUAUGUUUCUCUCUUCCGAGAUUCGUUAAACUAGAAGGUGGUGGUGGUGAUGGAGUAACGACACGGUGUUCGGUUGUUAAGUCGACGAUAUCGCAAUAUUAAUUAUCGUUAUUGGGAAGGAUACCCUUAUUACGAUCGGAUGCUUGUAUUUCUCUUAUUUAAUUGUUUCUUUUGGUUUUACUGCGUCGCAUCUUGUUUCAGCGUUGUACGUUCGUACAAUAUUUAAAGCUGAAGAAAAGUUUCGUUUGGUUAGUGAAUUUUCAUAUUUGGUGGAGUUUAGAGGGAUUAUAAUGUAAAUAAUGAUCAGUUGAGUUAUUUGUAAAUGGACGAAUGAUAUUUUAUCAUUUAUGCAUGAUGUCUAAAUAAUUUUUGUUACGUCUAUUACGUUUCAUAAAAUUAUGCUAAUGGUAACUAAAUACACUUCAAAUUUUCCCAUUCAUUCCUUUUUUUCCAUAACUUUAAUACCUUCCAAAUUUUUCAAUUGAUCCUUUCCUACAGAUACUGUCAGAAUCGAUAUCACAGCGGAUAUUUCGAAACAAUUUCAAUAAUUUUUUAAUUUGAAAUUUUUUAUGAAUUAUCUGUAUGGAUAUGCCGCAUAAUUUUGCGUUCCAACUUCUUUUUCAAAUUCCAAAAGAUCCCAAAUAAUCUUUUUCUAGCCAGUCAUCGUACAAAAAUUAAUAGAAGAAAGACACAAAUCGAUUGAUUUUACAACUAAUAUCUUGUAUUAUGUAUCUCCAUACUUUUGGAUAUAUUGAAGCUAUAUUGAACUAUAUUGAAGUUGAAAACCUAAAUCAAAAAGACCUCGCACGACAUAAGUAGUGAAGCAAACGACAUCGAUCUGACAAUCCCUCGUCACCUAAUGUUUUGAAAAUAGCGACGAACGAAGCAGCGAGAUAUCCAAGAGAAUCGACUAAACAUGUAUGUCGCGUGCUUUCGUCACUGUGACGCUUCUGUGAUGAAAAAGCACAUCGAGAAGUCGCAGCUGCCAGGGCCUCCAUUUUGGAUCACUUUAAAAAUCUUAAUUUCUUCGAAGGCUCCGCCGCUGCGACUGAACUGCUGACUUGUCACGGCAGCGUCUCUGCGCAAUUUUUAAGAUAUAAGUUUCUAUUAUAGAGUAAGGUAGCGUUAUUUGAGUCAGCUAAGUCUUAGCAUUCUCAAAUUCAACUAAAAUUUUGUACAGAGUAAUCAAACUCAUUUCAUAUUGUGAAACGCUACAUCUCAUAACUAUUAUAUAAAAUUGCCCCAAAAUUGUCAAUUCCUAUGUAGAUACAAGAUACGAUGGAAAAUCUAAUUGGAAAUACGUAAAAUUGAACAAUUAAACUUACAGCAGUUAUUGUUCCAUUUCAUUCCAUCGUAAUUUAAAUUCAGUUUUUGUAUAAUAAGACAUCGUUUUUGUCUUUUUCAGUAAAUAUAUUCUUUUUAGCGAAGAAAGUGAUAAAUUACUGAAUCUCGAUACAAUUUCAAAUUAUUCAAUUACUUUGUCCUCCUAUCACGUUGAUAUAUAAAAACUAAAAGAUUUUGGAUAACUUCAUAAUUAUGAGAUUCAGCGUAUUAGUUUUUAAUAUAACAACGAAAAAAUAAGAAAAUGUUGCGUACUUUAGGUCGAAUAAGAAUAAGCGUCAAGAUGUAUAACUUAGAUAAUUUUAUGGUAUUUAUGGCAACUAGAACCGAGAAUUAUUAACUAAAUUAAUUAAUUGAAAAACUUCUUAUCUUUUGAUGAGUAGGAAUUAUAUCCUCUUAGAAAAGUACAGGCAUCAAGCUGUCACUAACAACGAAUUUAGCUUUAACAACGAAUAAAUAGCUCAAAAAUUGUUAUAACAAUAUUUAGCAAAUCAUAAAGCAAAUUGCUUAGUUUGAUUUGAAUAAUUCUAUCUUACCCUAAGUUUUGUAAGACGUUCCGACGUCAAGGAAGUAUCUCAUUCGCGGAGAAGACCGUAGAACGUAAGACGAUAACGUUAUUUUAUUUAGGAUUAAAUAGCUCAUUCUUCCUCAUUACCUCAAUCUUUGAGAUAGUUCCUCCUGCCAUUUAAAUAACGUGUCACGCGCGUACUCACCUUAAAUUAUAUACACGAUCUCGAUCGUUCGCACGCAUGUUCGCUCGAUACUUUUCUGAUAGCCAAGAAGAAAAGCGAAUCUCGAAGCGAUACGUGCUGAUGGAUCGUAUCGAAUCGAUGGAACUCGUUCGUUCGAAUGUUGCUCAUCCUCGUAGGCUAAGUGCGCGUUCAUAUUGUCUUUAUUUUAUAUGUAAAAGAUAAAGUAUUCCGAUAUGUUAUACACGUGAUACCGUUACGAUUAAGUACAUUCUGUCUCUCUUUUACGUUAGGCGUACGUAGUCUAAUGAUUAUUAUUAAUUAUUAUGCAUAGCGCUGUGCAACCAUUGUCAUUCGUCGAAUGCAACUUUGUAAUAAAUUCCAUUGUCAUAAUA